ACUGUCAGGGGCCCGCCCUCUGGGUGCGGGAACCAGGAAGCGGGGUCAAGCCCCUCGGGAGGGAGCGGCAAGUGGGAGGGCAGCCCUCCCUGGGGCCAGAACCCACUUCCUACUUCACCGCACCGCUCGGAGGCGGCCCGGAGGGCUGAGCCUGCUCGGAGCACCCUUCCUUCCACCCUUCUGCACAGGAAGGCCGGGGGAACCUGGCCUGGGUGCCUCCCGCUAGCAGGAUGGAUGAGGAAGGGCCGGAUUGCGGCAAACCCGACUUUGUGCUUUUGGACCAAGUGACCAUGGAGGACUUCAUGGAGAACCUCAAGCUCAGCCCUGAGCGCUGAGGCCUGGCCCCGCCUGUGCCAGGUUCGAGAAGGGCCGCAUCUACACCUACAUCGGCGAGGUGCUGGUGUCCGUGAACCCCUACCAGGAGCUGCCCCUGUAUGGGCCUGAGGCCAUCGCCAAGUACCAGGGCCGCGAGCUCUAUGAGCGGCCACCACACCUAUACGCCGUGGCCAAUGCCGUGUACGGGGCAAUGAAGCGCCGCUCCAGAGACACCUGCAUUGUCAUCUCAGGGGAGAGUGGGGCAGGGAAGACGGAAGCCAGCAAGCACAUCAUGCAGUACAUCGCCGCUGUCACCAACCCCAGCCAGAGGGCCGAGGUGGACAGGGUCAAGGACGUGUUGCUCAAGUCCACGUGCGUGCUGGAGGCCUUCGGGAACGCACGCACCAACCGCAACCACAACUCCAGCCGAUUCGGCAAGUACAUGGACAUCAACUUCGACUUUAAAGGAGACCCCAUCGGGGGGCACAUUCACAGCUACCUGCUGGAGAAGUCUCGAGUCCUCAAGCAGCACGUGGGCGAACGGAACUUCCAUGCCUUCUACCAGGUGCUGCGGGGCUGUGAGGACGCAGAGCUGCAGAACCUGCACCUGCAGAGGAACCCCGCCGUGUACAACUUCACCCGGCAGGGUGCAGGGCUCAGUGCCUUGGAGAGUGAUGAGAGGAGCCACUACCUGGCAGUGAUGGAAGCCAUGCGGGUGAUCGGCUUCAGUGCUGAGGAAGUGGGCUCUGUGCACCGGAUUCUGGCAGCCAUACUGCACCUGGGAAACAUCGAGUUUGUGGAGACAGAGGGGGCCGGGCCGGAGCAGGGGCACCUGGCCGUGGCUGAGGAGCUGCUGGUGGACCAUGUGGCUGAGCUGACAGCCACACCCCGGGACUUGGUGCUGCGCUGCCUGCUGUCUCGCACGGUGGCCUCAGGAGGCAGGGAACUCAUUGAGAAGGGCCACACUGCAGCUGAGGCCAGCUAUGCCCGGGACGCCUGUGCCAAGGCAGUGUACCAGCGGCUGUUUGAGUGGGUGGUAAACCGGAUCAACGGUGUCAUGGAAACCCGGGGCCGGGAUCCCCGGCGAGACGGCAAGGACACGGUCAUCGGUGUGCUGGACAUCUAUGGCUUUGAGGUGUUCCCUGUCAACAGCUUCGAGCAGUUCUGCAUCAACUAUUGCAACGAGAAGCUGCAGCAGCUCUUCAUCCAGCUCAUCCUGAAGCAGGAGCAGGAGGAGUACGAGCGGGAGGGCAUCACCUGGCAGAGCGUGGACUACUUCAACAACGCCACCAUCGUGGAGCUGGUGGAGCGGCCCCACCGGGGCGUGCUGGCCGUGCUGGACGAGGCCUGCAGCGCCGCAGGCACCAUCACCGACCGCAUCUUCCUGCAGAGCCUGGACACGCACCACCGCCACCACCCCCACUACACCAGCCGCCAGCUCUGCCCCACAGACAAGACCAUGGAGUUUGGCCGAGACUUCCGGAUCAAGCACUAUGCGGGGGACGUCACGUACUCAGUGGAGGGCUUCAUUGACAAGAACAGAGACCACCUCUUCCAAGACUUCAAGCGGCUGAUGUACAACAGCUCGGACCCCACCCUGCGGGCUAUGUGGCCAGAGGGGCAGCAGGACAUCACGGAAGUGACCAAGCGCCCCCUGACGGCUGGCACGCUCUUCAAGAACUCCAUGGUGGCUCUGGUGGAAAACCUGGCCUCCAAGGAGCCCUUCUAUGUCCGCUGCAUCAAGCCCAAUGAGGACAAGGUGGCUGCCAGGCUGGACGAGGACCACUGUCGCCACCAGGUCGCGUACCUGGGGCUGCUGGAGAAUGUGCGGGUCCGGAGGGCCGGCUUCGCUUCCCGCCAGCCCUACCCUCGAUUCCUGCUCAGGUACAAGAUGACCUGUGAGUACACGUGGCCCAAUCACCUGCUGGGCUCUGACAGGGCAGCCGUGAGUGCCCUCCUGGAGCAGCAUGGGCUGCAAGGGGACGUGGCCUUUGGCCACACCAAGCUCUUCAUCCGCUCGCCCCAGACUUUGGUCAUGCUGGAGCAGAGCCGCGCACGCCUUAUCCCCAUCAUUGUGCUGCUGCUGCAGAAGGCCUGGCGCGGCACGCUGGCCCGGCGGCGCUGCCGGCGACUGCGGGCCAUCUACACCAUCAUGCGCUGGUUCCGGAGGCACAAGGUGCGCGCUCACCUGGCAGAGCUGCAGCGGCGGUUCCAGGCCGCGAGGCAGCCCCCCCUCUACGGCCGAGACCUCGUCUGGCCGCCGCCCCCUGCGGUGCUGCAGCCAUUCCAGGACACCUGCCAGGCGCUGUUCUGCAGGUGGCGGGCCCGCCAGCUGGUGAAGAACAUCCCACCUUCAGACAUGGCCCAGAUCAAGGCCAAAGUGGCGGCCAUGGGGGUCCUGCAGGAGCUACGGCAGGACUGGGGCUGCCGGCGGGCCUGGGUCAGGGACUACUUGUCCUCUGCCAUGGACAACCCCACAGCCUCGGGCCUGUUCUCUGAACGACUGAAGGCACUCCGUGAGAAGGACAGCUUUGGGGCCGUGCUGUUCUCCAGCCACGUCCGGAAGGUAAAUCGCUUCAACAAGAGCCGGGACCGGGCGCUCCUGCUCACUGACCGGCACGUCUACAAGCUGGACCCCGGCCGGCAGUACCGGGUGAUGCGGGCGGUGCCCCUGGAAGCGGUGACCGGGCUGAGUGUGACCAGCGGGCGGGACCAGCUGGUGGUGCUGCACGCGCGGGGCCAGGACGACCUGGUGGUGUGUCUGCACCGCUCCCGGCCGCCGCUGGACAACCGCGUGGGGGAGCUGGUGGGCGUGCUGGCCGCGUACUGCCAGGGGCAGGGAAGGGCGCUGGAGGUCCGCGUCUCGGACUGCAUCCCCCUGAGCCAGCGCGGGGCCCGGCGCCUCGUCUCCGUGGAGCCCAAGCCCGAGCAGCCAGAGCCGGACUUCCGCUGCAGCCGCGGUGCCUUCACGCUCCUCUGGCCGAGCCGCUGACCUGUCCCGCCGCACCCGGGCCUCCCUCCACGCCAGCCCCGCGCCGGACACCGGUCCGCUGUGCAAUAAAAGGCUCCGUGUCUGUGCC